AUGGACGCUGCUACGACGGUGCGGUCGUCCCUGCUGAAGUGCCUACUCUUCGUCUUGGCCGCAGCGCUCGCCCCGGCUGCUCCGGCGUCACGGCUCGUGCUCCCGUCGCCGACCCGCUCGCACCUGUCGUGCCUUGACAACCCUCCCGACCUGACGGCCGCGGGCGACGAGGCGGGCGAGCUCGUCGCCGACCUCGGUGGCCUCCAGGCCUACGUGACCGGACCCCGCAGCUCUGCACACGCCAUCAUCCUCGCCUCCGACUACUACGGUUUCCAAGCACCUAAACUGAGGAAAAUAGCGGAUCAAGUUGCAGAUGAAGGAUACCUGGUCGUCGUUCCUGAUUUGUUGCAUGGGGACCCUUACAAUGACGAGGCCAAGAUUCCAUUUGAAGAGUGGAUAAAAACCCACUCUCCUGUUGAAGCAACUGAAAAGACCAAAGGGCUUAUUGCUGCUCUGAAGGAAAAAGGGAUGUCUGCAGUUGGGGUUGGAGGUUACUGCUGGGGUGCAAAGGUGGCCGUGGAGCUAUCAAAGUCUUCAGAGAUUGAAGUAGUUGUCAUCUUGCAUCCUUCACUAGUGACCGUCGAUGACAUGAAGGAGGUCAAACAUCCCAUCGAGAUUCUCGGAGCAGAGUUUGAUGGCAUUUCUCCACCGCCACUGCUGCACCAGUUUGAACAGGCGUUAGAUCAGAACAAAAGGAUUGACCACUUCUUGAAGAUAUUCCCAGGCGUGGGCCACAGCUUCGCUUCCCGAUACGAUGCCAACGAUCCGUUCGCCGUCGAAACAGCGGAAGAAGCCCGUAAGGACAUGGUCACGUGGUUCAACAAGUAUCUGAAGAAGCACAAAGAGCUUUCGCUCCACGAAUCCUAGAGAACACUGAUCGUCUCCAGUUGUGCUCAAUAAAUUAGCUCGGUGUCUCUCUAUAAAUUGGACAUCACUGCACAUCUUGCAACGCCUAGCUUGGCCAUGUGCGCAAUUUUAGGCACGCAGUUUCUUUUUCUACGGUUUUCUGUUUCCCUUGUAAACUAGGAAACUACUGUAUUUUUCUCUUUGAGUGCAGCACAAGGCCUGACUUUUA